UCCACCACGCAGCAGUGGUUUCCUGAAACCCCUCCUAUGGGACUAUUAGCAUGUACACUCGGAAAUAGUUUUCAAAUUCGUUGCACCGUGCAAAUCCGGGCAAAUUUCCAAAGACCACUAUGUCAGUUAGAUUUUACCAAGGCUGGCAGUUUAUUGAGGCUGUUUCCUCGUAUUGAUACAGCACUUCUACAAAGUAUCCAAUAUGCAUGGUAAUAAGUUUCCAGCAACACUUGCUGCUGUCGCAGCCUUUUUUGUACUGGUAAGCAAUUCGGAGUGUGCAAAAGUAGCCAAGCGGCCUCCACGCAUUCGGCCAUGUCUGGAUCUACCGGAGGAGAUUCUGCAGCAGAUGUUUGGGAGGCUGUCGGCAGGCAUGUUCAGUGCUUUUCACCACACGCUGCAGCUCGCUCCUCUGGAGAAGGAGAACCUCACCUGCCCCACAAACGGGCGCCCUGCCUCAGAUAAGUCCAGACUCCCUGUAAACAUCCACAGCAUCUCUCCAUGGGCUUACAGAAUUUCAUAUGACGCCACAAGAUACCCAAAAUACCUCCCAGAAGCCUACUGCCUGUGCAAGGGCUGCCUGGCUGGACCUUUCGGAGAGGAGACUUUGCAGUUUCGCAGCACCCCGGUCUACAUGCCUUCCGUCAUUUUACGUCGUACCCCGUCCUGUGGCGGGGGGCGCUACAUUUACACAGAAAACUACAUUUCUAUUGCAGUGGGGUGCACUUGUGUGACAGGGCCGGAGAAGGAAAGAGAAAGCAAUAACUCUGUUUUAGAGAAAGGAGAGCUGAAACCUCAGCUUGACAAAGGGGAUGAAUCUCAAUAGAGCAAUGGAAUAUCUUUCAAAUUAUAAAAAAUACUUCAAAUACUUAACUGUAUUAACGACACUACAAAAUAAAAGUAUUACUAACAGUUUGAUAAUAUACAUUAAUAGUAUUAGUACUGCAAAAGUGUAUUGGCAUUUUAAUAUUAUUGUAACAAAUGAUGAAUAUAAAUAUGUGCUUCAGUUUACAUUUCCAAGUAAGUUAAAUACUUGUAGAUUUAAGAUUGUGAGUGUAACAUUAAAAGUUGGUGAGGAGGUACUACAGUCCACAGAAAGCUAGAAUAAGGAUACAUUUUUCAUGCAAUAGCUAGUAGGUAGUAAUGAUUUGUAUAACUUUGUCUUGUUUUAAUGUACAGUGAACUGGGGAUGAUUUAAGGUAGCAUACAGUAAUUGGUUUAUAUGAAUGUACAGUUUCAUGUGCAGCAUCGUGGUUUGUGAAACCAUCUGUAACUAUUUUACAGCAUAUUAAAUGUAUCUGAAAUACUUGACACCAAGAGAAAUGGUGUCACAGACAAACACUAUACAUACAGAACGAUGACACCCAACAUCAAAUCACAGUGGUCAUUUAAUUUAAUCUUUAUUAAACCUCUCAAUCUUGCAGUACAACCAUAACUGAACCAUAACUGAAAUCUAUGAAAAAGACCUAGGAGUUUUUGUUGACUCAGAAAUGUCUUCAUCUAGACAAUGUGGGGAAGCUAUAA